CUCUCAGUAGCUCCCUAGCCCUUGGGGCGGGGAUGUCACACACCUUGCCAGUGCCUGACACCAGGUUCACAGCAGACCGCCGCUAAGUUAGUUCUCCACAGCUUGUUAGUUCAGUUCUCUGUGACACACCCCUUUCCAGUAGCUCGGUGGGGUUCCCUGGAUUGUUUCCCUGGUGCUUACACUGCUGCCCAGUGGUUCCUCAAGCCAAGGGUUUCGUAAAUUCUCUUUUUGGUCUCUUUACAAAUGCCUUGAAGCAUCCAUAAAAUUUUGAACGCCAGCCGACAGUUUUCGUACAGCCUCGCCUUGCUUUAUGCUCCACUGCCGAGAGCUUUAUAAUCUGUGCUGCAGAUCUAGCGCAUAAAAAGCCCCCGUUUGGGGAGUCAGUAAAAGAUACUGGUGUAUGUUAUUUAAUUAAGUUUGAAUGGGUAGUCUAAUAGUUUGAAAAGACGGGUUUUCAUAGUAACAGUGUUCACGCCUUCAGACUCUCCAUCUGAGUACUUUUUCAGGAUUUGCAUAGUUAUUACUUGAUAAAUCCCCCCCUGACGCUUGAAGGACCUAGACUCCAAUUAGGUCUAUUACGAAUGCUAAUUUUAUACAGAUUGAUUUCAGUCAAGAGAGAGCUAGUCAUAAAGGUUACCAAUGCAGUUUCUCAAAAUCAGGCUGUUUUCUUAGCAAAACUGAUCUUUAUUUCUCGUUAAACUUUAGUUAUCUGACUACAGUUUUGUUUUCGAAGCCAGUAUGCUGUUUUUUUCAUUUAGAAACUAAAGCUAAAUGUUGCACCAUUUGGUGUCUCCUAUUUAAAUUUCAUCUUUUCAACUAGGUCCCAGCUGUCCAGAGAUAGCUUACUAAUGCGGCAUCUUCACAAUCAGGUUUUCAGAUUAGCAGUGUUAGGUCAUGGGCCUGCUCCUUUAAAACUCUGGUCACUUCAAGAGGCCAGAGUUCACAGCCUGAAGAAAGCAGGCCACACCUCCUGCAACCCUGUGGGACAGUAAAGAAGUCCUGCUGUACUGUGUUUUCUUAGCUCCCAAUCUGUGGUCCUGACCAUGCCUGACUUCUCCAUGCUCCUCAUCAAGUAGCUGCCUGAGAUAAAACCAUGUGCGGUGAAACUUCCUGCCAGCCCAAAAGGACAUGAAGCCAUUGUCAUCUCAGGAACUGAAAUGGCUAAGCAAAUCCAAAAAGAAAUACAGCAAGGUGUGGAAUCAUGGAUUGCUCUUGGGAACAGGAGGCCCCAUCUCAGUAUCAUUUUAGUGGGAGAUAACCCAGCAAGCCACACCUACGUCAGGAAUAAGAUAAAAGCUGCUUCCGCUGUAGGUAUCUGCAGUGAGCUCAUCCUAAAGCCCGAGAACGUUUCUCAGGAGGAGCUUUUGGAUAUCACUGAUCAACUGAACAUGGACCCAAGAGUCAGUGGUAUACUAGUGCAGCUCCCUCUUCCCGACCAUGUGGAUGAAAGAACAAUAUGCAACGGAAUUGCCCCAGAAAAGGACGUGGAUGGAUUUCAUAUUAUGAAUAUUGGAAGACUGUGCCUCGAUCAGCAUUCUCUGAUACCUGCCACUGCUAGUGCUGUCUGGGAAAUAAUAAAAAGAGCAGGAAUUGAAACAUUUGGAAGAAAUGUGGUAGUAGCAGGGAGAUCCAAGAAUGUGGGCAUGCCAAUCGCCGUGCUGCUGCACACGGAUGGGGAGCAUGAGCGCCCUGGAGGAGACGCCACAGUGACGAUAGCUCACAGAUACACUCCCAGAGAGCAACUGAAGGCCCAUACUCAACUGGCAGAUAUUAUCAUAGUGGCUGCAGGUAUUCCCAGGCUGAUUACAGCUGAUAUGGUUAGAGAAGGCGCAGCAGUAAUUGAUGUGGGUAUCAACUAUGUUCAAGAUCCUACGACAGGAAAGACUAAACUAGUUGGAGAUGUAGACUUCGAAGCUGUUAAGGAGAAAGCCAGCUUCAUCACUCCAGUGCCAGGAGGUGUGGGACCCAUGACUGUCGCCAUGCUUCUGAGGAACACGCUGCUGGCUGCUAAGAGCAUCACAUACUAGAUCACACAGGAGAUCUAGUAUCAAAAUGGAUAAUGCUGCUUAUUUAUUCAACAACAGGCAGAACUAUUUCUAUUUUACUACAAAGCUAUUUAUUUCUACAUUGUAUUUAUUUUUUCAUCAGUGGAAUCAUCAUGGAACUAAUUAUUUAGACAACCUAUUGAAUUUCUUGCUACUAGAUUUUGAGUUUUAAGAAAAGAAACCAAACAAUUCCAACGAUAAGUUUGGUAACAAUUCUUUAUUUUAUGGAUAUUUGUUCAUAAUGUUAAAACAAAUGAAUAAUUCAUAUUAAAUAAAUAUAUUUUUGACAUACCCUAAAUAUCACACACAGUAUGUUUUUGAAUACUGUUUUGUCAGCCAAAUGGGUGCCAUGGAAAUUGUAAUUUGUUAUAACCGUGAUUUUUUUAAUAUAGUUCAUUAUUCUAGGUUGUCUGUUGAAGAAGAGCUUAUCUGUUAGGAGGAAGAUAGAAUGUUGAAAAUGAAGUCUUUAUCUCCGCUAUCUUCCAGCAUCCCACAAGGCAAUCCUAUGGAAAAAUUGACGUUCUAGUUAAGAAACAAAACUAUUUAGGCAAAAGUCGCCAUGCUACUUGGAAAACUAAAACAUGUUGACUUGGUGUAGUACAAGGGCAUAUGUGUUAGGUACCACAUCACUGAGUUCACUGGUGUGGGAUAAGACUGUGUGUGUUAGGUUUCACACUAUAGAAGGAGCUGUGGGCUACAUUCCAGCCCGGCUCCCACACUCCUGGCUAGUUUAUGCCCUGAAAUAACUGCACAGAAACUGUAUUCUUUUAAACACUGCCUGGCCCAUUAAUUCUAGCCUCUUAUUGGCUAACUCGCACAUCUCGAUUAACCCAUUUCUAAUAAUCUGUGUAGCACCACGAGGUGGUAGCUUACCAAGAAAGAUCUUAACCUAUGUCUGUCUCAGAGAAGAGAAUCAUGGCGACUGACCUCACUGCCUUCUUCCCAGCAUCCUGUUCUGUUUACGCCACCUACCUAAUUUUCUGUCAUAUUAAAGGGCCAAGGCAGUUUCUUUAUUUAACCAAUGAAAUCAACACAAAACAGAAGACUCUCUCAUAUCAUCACACUGUUCAUUUCUCUUCACUAGAGAUAAUAGAAAUUCUCAAAACAAAUGAACGUACAUAGUCAAAUGAGAGUGAUCUUCCCCAAAGUGUCAACCAAACACAGUGCUGAUGCUGUGUGAGUGACUAUGCCAUUGAAGAACUGUCAUAUGUUUAUUCAUGGAAUAGAAAUAUGAUAGAAUUAUGUUUUCAUUUUACUAAAAUUGAAACCUGAGAUAUAGCUAAAAGCUAGUCUUUGUGCAGACAUUUCUUCUCUUUUCCAGGAUAGCAAUUAGCUUCUAGCAACAGAUGCUGUGUUUCUAAUACAAUUGAAAUUGGGAAAUAUGUGUGACUGUUGAAGACUUUUAAUGUCUAGAUCCAUAUAAUUGAUACUAAAGUUUCAUGCCCAGAUCCCAGUAUGUUUAUGUACUAAUAAUGGUUCUUGUUCAAUGCAUGUGUUUAUCAGUGUGCCUCUUGAGCCUCUGUGUGAAAAUGGACUAGCUGUUUAUAACUAGUGUUUCAACUGUCCAAUAAAAGCAAUU